UUCGCCGCAUUUUGACAACAUUGCGGGCUUCUUCGAACUUUUUGAGAUUUUUACUCGAUUUACGUAACCUUGGAGGCUAGACGGACGGCGGUGAGGAUCAUUGCUGAAUCACCUUAGCGAGAGCCACAAACCAGUAUUUCCCCGCUGGCCAUGUCGCGAUCCGCUCAAGAAAUGGUGGCGCUGCUGCGCGGACUGCGGAUUGUGGUGGAGGCGUGUGGGCGCGAACAUCUCGCCCACGGUCGUCAUCUCUGGAGCAAUUCAAGCAUUCGUGAGCUAAUCGCCGAGAAUGCCGAACACACAGCGCAGCUGGUGAAGAAUUCGGGCAAAAAUCCAACGGAAGAGCUGAAAAGACUGCAGCUGGCACUUCAGGAAACUGGGGAAAGGGGAUACGUGGUGGCCAAAGGACUCUGCACGCUGCUGGAGACGAAAAUCCAGAUGUCCCGUGAGGAGGCAAGCACCCCAGCCGAACCAUCUCCAGCCACUGCCGCCAAGAAGCCAACGUCCACAGCCCAAAAUCUCGCCAAUUGGGACGCCGCCAAUCUGGAUAUAUCCUCCAUAACCCUCAAGGAGUUCGAGGAGAUACUGUCGCGGAGAAACAAGGAUCGCAGUGUUAGUCUUCGCAUCCCGGCCACCAAGAGCAGCCAAACAAUGCCCCAAGAUGCCAAGGGCAAGCAUGGACAAUCUGAUCCGGGAAUCAUUACCCAGGACACGGAAUAUGUCAAUAAUGUCCUGCGCUUUGUGGCGGGGGCCAAGCCGCAGGAAGAACCAGACACGCAGGUCAAGAAGGGCGAAAAUCAACAGGCCAUAGAUGUGCCGGAACUGAGUAAGGUGGCCAAACAGCGGAAGGUUCCCUCCUCACGGAUAGGCAGAAUGGCCUCCUUUGGCGGCCUGUUCGCCGGUCUGGGCAUCGGAACCCUCAAUGAGCUGACCAAGGGAGCCCUGGGCCUGGGCGGCUCCACCACCAUGAGGGAGGCCCUGCUGAGCCCCGCCAAUGCCGAACGGAUCGUGGAUACGCUGUGCAAGGUGAGGGGGGCUGCUCUGAAGAUCGGACAGAUCCUAAGCAUCCAAGACUCCAGCGUGGUGUCGCCGCAGCUGGCCAAGGCCUUUGAGAGAGUGCGCCAGGCGGCGGACUAUAUGCCCGAUUGGCAGGUGGAACGUGUGAUGAACACCCAACUGGGUGCCGAUUGGCGCCAGCGGCUGAGCAAAUUCGAGGAGAAGCCAUUCGCGGCCGCCUCCAUUGGCCAGGUGCACCGGGCCACCCUGAGCGAUGGCAUGGAUGUGGCCAUCAAAAUCCAAUAUCCCGGCGUGGCCCAGAGCAUUGGGAGCGAUAUUGACAACCUGGUGGGCAUGCUCAAGGUCUGGGACGUCUUCCCGCAGGGCUUCUUCAUCGACAAUGUGGUGCGCGUGGCCAAGCGGGAGCUGCAGUGGGAGGUGGACUAUGAUCGCGAGGCGGAGUACACGGAGAAGUUUCGCCAGAUGAUCUCGCCCUAUCCGGAGUACUAUGUGCCGCGUGUGGUGCGCGAUUUGACCACCUCCAGUGUCUUGACCACCGAACUGGUGCCCGGCGUGCCGCUCGACAAGUGCUUUGAUCUAAGCUACGAGCAUCGUGCCCACAUCGCCGCCUCCGUGCUGAAGCUCUGUCUGCGGGAGCUGUUCGAGAUCGAGUGCAUGCAGACGGAUCCGAAUUGGUCCAACUUCCUGUACGACGCCCCCAGUCGCCGCCUAAUGCUGAUUGAUUUCGGAUCGACGCGCUUCUACCGGCACGAGUUCAUCCGCAACUAUCGCCAGGUGAUCAUGAGUGCGGCCGAGGACAACAGGCAGGGCGUUCUGGAAAUGUCCCGCCAAAUGGGCUUCCUCACCGGCUACGAAACCAAGCAGAUGGAGCAGGCCCACGUGGAUGCGGUGAUGAUCCUGGGCGAGAUCUUCCGCUACGACGGGGAGUUCGAUUUCGGCAGGCAGAACACCACCGAGAGACUGGCCGCCCUGGUGCCCACAAUGGUGGCACAUCGACUGUGUCCACCGCCCGAGGAGAUCUACUCCAUCCACCGCAAGCUCUCGGGCAUUUUCCUGUUGUGCGCAAGACUAAAUGUACGCAUGAAUUGCGUUCCCUUCUACAAGGACAUCGUGCUGGGCAAAUUCAAGGACUAGCGAGGAUCCCUUUUAAUUUUUUUUUUUAGAAGUAGUAACAUUGAAGUGAGCUUAAUUUGUAAUGCAAUUUGCAAAUAAUUACAGAUGUCAAUGUAACAACUAACUUGGAAAACCUUGUAUCGGGAGUCUUUGUCUGAAAAGUUUCCUUGAAAUAACUAGCGGACUCCUAUGGAAAUACAAAACUAACAUGUAGCUAAAUGGGCAGAGCUCUAAAAUAUAACAAUAUAAUUU